AGGUGCCAGGAGGCCCUGGGACACCGCGCAGAAGCACUGCGGGAGCCAAAUGGGGCAGGGCUUUCAUAGCCCUGGACCUCUUCUCUGAACUGGUGCCUGCUCUGGGGAACAGUUUCCUGCUUCUUUGUGCUACGAUCACGCUUGAUUCAUGGUCAAUAUUGUCUUGUCUUUCCCUUCCCUUUCUUUUUAUGGACGCAGUCGUCCUCACUCACCCCAGACCUGUCCUGUGAAUUGUGAUGGGGAGGCUGGGCGCUGGGAAGAUUUACUUCGGCUUUAGAAUCUCACCCCACUGUGGUCAUCCAAGCUUUCCAAAAAGGAAAAAAAAAAAAAAAAUCUUUUCUAAUCUCUCUCUCUCUCCUUCCUUCCUUCCUCUUUUCUUUCUCUUUCUUUCUUUCUUUUGGACAUGGUCUUGCUCGCUUACUGAAAACUUUUGGUCUCAGGUGAUCCUCCCACCUCAUCCUCCCGAGUAGCUGGGACUACACGUGGAGCGCCGUCACUCUUGGCUAAAUUUUGUGUUUUCUUGUAGAGAUGGGGUUUCACUAUGCUGCUCAGGCUUGUCUUGAACUCCUCAGCUCAAGCGAUCCACCUGCCCCGGCCUUCCAAAGUGCUGAGAUUACAGGCGUGAGCUACUGCGCCCGCCCAAGCUUGGAUUUUACAUGCUCAGGAGGUGUCAAAGAAGGGCAUAUUCACAUUGUGAGAGACGUGCAGGAGGAAUUCCAGGGAUUUUUCUCUCCUGCUUCACAGGUAGCAGUGUUGACACAGCUCGGAUGGCCACGAGGGGGUUGAGAUUCUAAAAGCCCAGGGAAACUUUUCUGGGGCCCAUACAAUUCAUAGGACAGGUUUGGAGUAAGUAAGGACUAUGUCUAUAAUAUGUGAAUUCCUGCCAGUGCCGGGAGAGAGCAUGGGGUUGGAGCUUUGCCCACCUCUCCCGCGCUGACUGGGUCUGGACAAAGACAUGGACCUUCGCCGAGCCUUCUCAGGCAAGCUCCGACCUCCCCGGUGCUUCCGGGUGAAAUCCUCGGUGGUCUGAACAGUUGAGGCAGGCGACGAUCCCUGAGGGCUGUUGGACCAGUGUGGAUGCAUCCUGGAGUUAGGGUCGAAUUCUGAGUGGAGGCUGCAGCGCGGACUCGGCUGCUUCCGGUAGAUGGCGGAGGGGCGGAGGGCGCUUCAGCACCACGGGGUGGACAGCACCCGGGAGGCAGCAGCGGAAGCCUGCAGCGGAGGUCGCUGCCCAGCUCCCCAGACUACUUCCGCGGUCUUUACCCUGGAAUAGAAGCGGAGGGACAGUCCCAGCGGGGCGGAGCUUCGGGGCCAGGACCUCACCGCCUACAGGCUGUGCGGAGCUCGGGCCUGCGCUCGGGGAAUCUUGCCGAGCUUUGGCUCAGAGAUAUGGGGGAGGGAGCUGGGUGGGACCACCUGAUCCACUCGGAAUGUGGGUGCGAUUCAUCCAGCAGCGCGCUGCCGGGGUCAGAACACCGAACCUUGGUCACGCUCCUGGAGCCUCCUUGGAAUUCCAGUGUAGACACCGUAGCGGCUGCUAGUUGCAACCGACCCUCAGGGCGCAGCCGGCCCAAACUUGCAGCCUCAACUGCGACCUCCCGCCCCUGGUUAAAAGGCAACCUAUGACUUCUGGGUUGGUUCAAAAAAAAAAAAAAGGCAACAUAACGACAUCCCGAGGGGCAAUGGGGUACAGAAGGACUGUUCUAGGGCAGCGGGGCAGAGCGGUCCCGCUGCGCAGCGCUAUGACAGCGACGACACCGUGAGCGUUUAUAGGAAGCAGGAUCAUGGACCGUUUCUAGGAAGCCCGUAGUAAUUAAGUGGAAUUAAGAUUCCAGGGUAUUUUACACGCGGUUCUUUCAGAGCCUUUCAGCAGCCGAGGACGGUGGGCCCGAGCAUCAGCUGUCAUCCACGAAGGCUCUCAGAGGGCAGCCGACCCCUCUACAUCACACAGCCCAGGGGCUCUGAAGCCGACUCGAAUACAGGCUUCUGCACCCCACAUCUGCUGCUCGUCCUCGGCACCUGCUGCCUCGCGGGAGCCCGUCGCCUGCAGGACAGAGGGCUUCCCUGCAGCCGCGCCGUUCGCUGUGCCUCCGGCAUCAGUCGUGGGCGCCCCAGUCCCAGUCCAAGAGCGGCCUUGGACUAAACUGGGCCUGGAGACUCGUAGGGAUGGUGGCGGCAAUUACGGACCUGGGAGGGCGAGCGCACCUGGCGCAGGGACCUUCGCCAGGUGGGACCACCUGAUCCACUCGGAAUGUGGGUGGGGCUCCUGGUUAGUGACUUGUCUAUAAACAACGCCCCAUCCCGUGAGCUGGAGUUCAAGGCUAAUCACCACUGUUCCACUUAUUCAGAGCCGGUCCAUUUCACAGGUGUUCCCCGGGAGCCGGCCGGGUUCCACCUUUUGGCUGUUUGGCUGUUUCAGCUUCCUGAAUUUCUGAUCUGGCCUACCCACAGCAGCCUUCUGGAGGAGACUGGCGGGACACAAGGGCCUGCUGUGCUCCUUGGGGAUGUGACCAGAGCUCUGAAGCACAGGCUCCCCAAGUAUGCUCUUCCCUUGCUCCUCAAGUGUGGCAUCCUCCCUCAGCUUGUAUGUCUGGGCUUCAUGUUCUGAGGCAGGAAACUGGAUAUUACUGAGUGCUGGUGUCCUGGACUGAAGAUCCUGGCUGGAGUGCAUGUUACUGCCGACAAAACUUCAGAACACCAGGCAGGGCAAGACCAGUGACAUCAGACUGAGAUACAAUGGCACUGAUCCUGGAUUUGCAGGGCCAGGAUAAACAAGAGACUGUAGAGACCAUUUUGUCCCAUUCAUUCUUUUAUAGGCAGAACACAGACCCAGAGAAAAGAGAUAACUUGUCCCAAGCUACCCCGUGAAGGAGGAGGAAGGCCAGGGAUAAAGAGUGUGCUUCUAGAAUCUUUAUUUAUUUAUUUAUAUGAGACAUAGUUUCACUCUUGUUGCCCAGGCUGGAGUGCAGUGGCGCAAUCUGGACUCAGUGCAACCUCCGCCUACCAGGUUCAAGCGAUUCUCCAGCCUCAGCCUCCAGAGUAGCUGGGAUUACAGGCACCGCCACCGCGCCCAGCUAUUUUUUUUUUUUUUUUUUUUUUUAGUAGAGAUGGGGUUAUACCAUGUUGACCAGGCUGGUCUCGAACUCCUGAUCUCAGGCAAUCCUCCCGCCUUGGCCUCCGAAAGUGCUGGAAUUACAGGCGUGAGCCACCGCGCCCUGCCGUUUGCUUCUAGAAUCUUAACUCUUCGGGGUCAACCUCUCCUUCCACGCUGAGGAAACGGGAUCUUCCUGCAACCCCCGAGACAACCGCCGAACAGUCACCCAACUUAGCGUUGGGGCCCGGACGUUCCGUCGAUCGGAUGUACGAUGCUCGACUUCUAGGUCUUGAGUACAACGCAGGAUAAAUCGAUUGGUCAUCCCUGCCGGUCGCUGCCGAGCGCUGAUUGGCUCGGGCUUGGGAAGUGCUGAAAAGGCCGGCGCGGGGGGCGUGCCUGGGGAAGGGACUCUAGCAGCGCUGAGCUGCCCGAGGGUGCCAGGUGCUGCCGCUGAGUGGGUGCUGGUGCGUGCGAGGCUCUCUCGAAGAAACCCAAAUGCGUCGUGAGCCUGUCAUGUGCCCCAGGGAGCACUGGAGGCGGGACAGGGGCUAAGACCUCCCAGUCUUCACUCCGUGUUGUCGAGUACGCAUUUGAAAUCGUUCCCCAACCUUGCAGUUCCUCCGAGGCCCUUCCCAGGCGCCCAGACUCUGUUGAGCCCAUUGCUAAAACUCCUCGUUAGUCUUUACUACCCCUUCAGUCUCCGUUUUGAAGCAGCGGUUUUCAACCACUGCGCGUUUUAAAAAGAAGUCCAUCGCAAGCCAAAAGCAGGGCGGGGUUCGCCACCUCUUCGUGCCACCCCUCUUUAGGGACACCUUAGGGUGGAGCGACGAGUCGCCCUUGACUGAGUAGUCCCUGCCCUUGCCAGGGCGAUAUUUCUGGAAAUGCAGAUUCGACCGAGCCUUGCACUAGUGAGAAUUCAGUGGGUCCCUAGCACCUAGUGCAGCGGCUCCUAGCCUGAGUACUGCCCUCUUUCGGUGGGGAGGGGUUGGGUUUUUUUGUGGCAUCCAUGAAUCUGAUCUCCAACAUUCCUCCACGUCAAUUCCCACUACACCCAAAUCCCUUACCCUCUACCUAGGCUUUCCAGCCACAGUGCUGGCUUGGGUGGGGGUGCGUGCAGUGCUGACACCAAAGUGGAGGUCCCUUGUUUCUGAGAGCGUCUCUUUUAGAGCAAUGCAAACGUGAAAUCCCUCCUGCCAAGAAACAAUUUCAGCUCCUCCUGGAUUAAAGCCUUUGAGAAACAAAGCUGAGACUUUCUGGUUCUGGGAGGCCAUCUGGAGGUGUACGUGUGGGUCGCCGUGGCUUGACUAUGGUGUAGUCCAUGGUGCAGUCAGUUCAAAGAACCUUUGCAGGCACUAGCUUCCUUAUCCCUGAGCAUGGGGGAUGGGGGAGGGGAUCAUGUGUAGUCGUGGGAGGCAUUGAUAGAGCAACCUCAUUCAGGGAAAGAAAAGUGGAGGAAGGAAGCAGAGUGAGGAAAGGCCAUGGUAGAGUCUGGGGCUGUGGGGUGGACUUCUGGCAGGAGCCUUCUCCUGUCAUGGCUUUGGGGCUGAUAUGGUUAGGUGCCUUGUGUCCCCACCCAAGUCUCAUCUUAAAUUGUAAUCCUCAUAAUCCCCACUUGUCAAGCUGGGACUACAGGUGCCCACCACCACCACACCCAGCUAAUUUUUGUAUUUUUAGUAAAAACAGGGUUUCACCACGUUGGCCAGGAUGGUCUGAUCUCUUGACCUCGUGAUCCACCCACCUCGGUCCCCCAAAGUGCUAGGAUUAUAGGCAUGAGCCACCGCGCCCGGCCAAAAAUAACCUAAUUUAAAAACGAGCAAAGGAUAUAAAUAGACACGUCUUUACUUUUUUUUUUAAUUUUAUUUAUUUAUUUUUGAGAUGGAGUCUCGCUCUGUUGCCCAGGCUGGAGCGCAGUGGCAUGGUCUCUGUUCACUGCAACCUCCACCUCCUGGGUUCAAGCAAUUCUCCUGCCUCAGCCUCCUGAGUAACUGGGAUUACAGGUGCCUGCCACCAUGGCCAGUCUGAAUAGAUCCUUCCUUCUUUCCUUCCUUCCUUCUUCCUUUCCUUUUCCUUUUCCUUUUCCUUUCCUUUUCCUGUCCUGUCCUGUCCUGUCCUGUCCUGUCCUGUCCUGUCCUUUCUUUUCGCUCUUGUUGCCCAGGCUGGAGUGCAAUGGUGCAAUCUCAGCUUACCACAACCUCCACCUCCUGAGUUCAAGCGAUUCUCCUGCUGGGAUUACAAGCAUGCGCCACCAUGCCUAAUGAAUUUUCUAUUUUUAGUAGAGGCAGGGUUUCUCCAUGUUGGUCAGACUGGUCUUGAACUCUUGACCUCAGGUGAUCCGCCUGCCUCAGCCUCCCAAAGUGUUGGGAUUACAGGUGUGAGCCACCACACCCGGCGACAUUUCUUUAAAGAAGAUAAACAAAGGGCUAAUAAAUGCAUGAAAAAGUGUUCAACAUCAGUAAUCAUUAGGAGAAUGUGAAUCAAAACCACAAUGAGAUACUAUGUCACACCCAUUAGCAUGGCUAUUAAAAACAAAAGAGAGAACAUAAUAAGUGUUAGUGAGGCUCACACCUGUAAUCGGAAGCAUCCUACACUGCUGUUGGGAAUGUGAAAUCACAUGGCCACUGUGGAAAACAGCCUGGCAGUUUCUCAGCAUGGAACUACCAUGUAACCCAGCAAUUCCACUUCUAUGUAUAUACCCAAGAAAAGCGAAAACAUGGCCAGGUGCAGUGGCUCACACCUGUAAUCCCAGCACAUUGGGAGGCCAAGGCGGGUGUAUCACCUCAGGUCAGGAGUUCAAGACCACCCUGGCCAACAUGGUGCAACUCCAACUCCACUAAAAAUAUAAAAAAUUAGCUGAGCAUGGUGGCAGUUGCCUGUGAUCCCAGGUACUCAGGAGGCUGAAGCAGGAGAAUCACUUGUACCCCAGAAGUGGAAGUUGCAGUGAACUGAGAUGGCACCGUUGCACUCCAGCCUGGCAACAGAGUGAGACUCUGUCUCAAAAAAAAAAAAAAAAGUGUACAUACAAAGACUUGUACAUGAAUGUUUAUAGCAGCACUUUUCAUAAGAGCCAAAAAGUGGAUAUAGUUCAAAUGUCCAUCAACUGAUGAGUGGAUAAACAGAAAAUGGAGGGCUGGGCGUGGUGGCUUACUGUAAUCCCAGCACUUUAGGAGUCUGAGGUGGGUGGAUCACUUGAGGUCAGGAGUUCAAGACCAGCCUGGCCAAUAUGGCAAAACCAGGUCUCUACUAAAAUUACAAAAAUUAGCUGGGCUUGGUGGUGGGCACCUGUAAUCCCAGCUACUCAGGAGGCUGAGGCAGGAGGAUUGCUUGAACACAGGAGGUAGAGAUUGCAGCCAAGAUCACACCACUGCACACUAGCCUGGGGGAUAGAAUGAGAUUCUGUCUUAAAAAAAAAAAAAGAGGCCGGGUGCGGUGGCUCACACCUGUAAUCCUAGCACUUUGGGAGGCCGAGGUGGGUGGAUCACGAGGUCGAGAGAUUGAGACCAUCCUGGUCAACAUGGUGAAACCCCGUCUCUACUAAAAAUACAAAAAAUUAGCUGGGCACGGUGGUGCGUGCCUGUAAUCCCAGCUACUCAGGAGGCUGAGGCAGAAGAAUUGCCUGAACCCAGGAGGCGGAGGUUGCGGUGAGCCGAGAUCGCGCCAUUGCACGCCAGCCUGGGUAACAAGAGCAAAACUUCGUCUCAAAAAAAAAAAAAAGAAAAGAAAAGAAAAAGAAAAAUCAGAAUAUGGACUCUCCAACAGAACAUUAUUUGAGUCCAACCGCCAGCAGGCCACUAUAGAACCGAGAAGAGCCUGUGUUCCAGUUUGAAGGUCAUCCUGCGGGGAAUGUUCUCUUACUUGGGUGAGCAUCAACCUUUUGUUCUAUUCAGAUCCUCAACUGAUUGGAUGAGGCCCAUUCGCAUUAGAGAGGGCAGUCUCCGUUACUCAGUUUACCACAGAAAGAUAAACUGAAUGUCCUCACUUCUCUGUGGGAGCUAAAAAUUAAAACAGUGGAAUUCAUGGAGAUAGUAGAAGGAUGAUUACUGAAGGCUGGGAAGGGUAGUGGCAGGUAGGGGUGGGGAAGGGGAGGUGGUUAAUGUCGCACGUGUUACUCACGUAAAGAGACCACCAGACAGGCUUUGUGUGGGCAACUGUUUAUUUUGUGCUUGGGUGCAACCAGGCCAAGUCCGAGAAAGGGGUUAGGCAAAGGGGGUAGGAGAGGGGAUUGGUUAUAUAGUUGGGGCAAAUGGUCAGCUAAAGGUGGUAAUCUAUCUUGGGGAGGGGGAGGACGUCACAGGAUGCAUGACUAUAAGGGCAGGGGUUGGUAAUCCAUCUUGGGGAGGGGAAGGGUGUCACGAGAUGUAUGAUCACAAGGUAGGAGUCAUUUAUUACGAACAGGCAUGAUCAUAAGGGUGGGGAGUAUCAGUUACAGUCAGAGGGGAGGGUGCAGUAGAUUAGUUACAGGGGUGGGUGUCUUGAGAAACCCCGUGUCCCGGGGGGAGUUUUUGCAAGGAUGAACAGGAAUAAUGGAUGCAGGUUGCAGCAAUUAGUUGAGGUAGGAAGGAGUUGCUUUACUUCUUUCUAUGGCCACCUGGUUGCUUGUGGUUGCUUCAGACUUUCUGGUUCCUGGAGACCCAUCCAGAGGUGUACAUGCGGGUCACCAAGGCUAAAAUGGCCAGGCCUGGACUUGGAGGCCUAACAGUUAAUGGGUAAAAAAAAAGGUUAACUCUUAAUCUCAUCCAAAACACCCUCCCAGAAAUACUCAGUAAUCUUAGACCAAGUAUUUGUUUACUUGUGGCCCAGUCAAAUUAACACAUAAAACCGAUCAAGUAUUGAUACAUGCUGUAACAUGUAUGAAACUUGAAAAUGUUAUGCGAAGUGAAAUUAGACCACAUGUAUCACAAAGAUUUCCUUUUACAGGAAAUGUGCAGAAGAAAUAAAUAUAGAGACAAAGCAGACAAGUGGCUACCAAAGCUGAGUAUUGAGAAGCUCUGCUGGGGGCCCACAGGAAUGUGAAUAAACACACCUGGAAAGUCUGCAGAAGCUCUGGUCCCAGCCUCCUGCUGGUAUUUGGGAUUAAGCCUUAUUUUGCAAUGGAUUUAAUCUCAACAGACACUGAGGGGUGCCUGAAGUCCCUGUGAAACCCUUUCUGGUAUCAGCUACCUAUCACAGGAUGCAGAGGACAAGAGUAUCAGAAACGUUGCUGCUCAGAAGUACAUCAGGAAGAAUGACGUAUCCCACUUUUGUCUGGAGGUUAGAAAUCACUUGGACACAGAGUCCAUUGAGCAGCCUUGAUUCCUAACCAGGUAGCAGGGUCUGCUGCGCUUGGAUGCCAGUGGGAAGAAUGCGUUCUUGGAGAGUGAGUGGAUCCUCCCCUGGGCUCACAGGAGGAGAUGGGUCUGGAGCGGGCAGUGGAGCUGUCCAGAGUGAGCAGGUGUCUGCGGAAUACGGGAUGCAGAGCGGGAAUGGAGCUCCACACUCUCCCAGCUUCCUGGCCCGGGACAAGCAUUGGCACUCUCUGGGCCUCCUCAGGAAUCUCGAACCUCCUAGGCGAUUCCAGUUUGAGUCAGCCCUGCGAGCAUCCAGAUGGAGUCUCACUCUGUCGCCAGGUGAGAGUACAAUGGCGCAAUCUUGGCUCACUGCAACCUCUGCCUCCUGGGUUCAAGCAAUUCUCCUGCCUCAGCCUCCUGAGCAGCUGGGACUACAGGUGUGCACCACCACACCCAGCUAAUUUUUGCAUUUUUGGUAGAGACGGGGUUUUACCAUGUUGGUCACGAUGGUCUCGAUCUCUUGCUCUAGUGAUCUGCCUGCUUCGGCCUCCCAGAGUGCUGGGAUUACAGGAAUGAGCCACCAUGCUUGGCCUUAGGUACUCUUUAAAGUUUUAAAAUUAUUGUAUAAUUUCCCCAUAAAGUUUUCAGAUAACAAUCUUACAGAUUCCCAGGGAGAACUUUGGAAGAGAAUGGUGUGACCACCCAGCCAAAGCCAGAAUAAAAUGUGGUUUAAAAUUCUGGCUAAGGAAGAAAGUAUGAUUAGGCAUAUAGUUACUAUUUGUUUGUUUAUGAGAUGGAGUUUCACUCUUGUUGCCCAGGCUGGAGUGCAAUGGUGCAAUCUCCACUCACCUCAACUCUGCCUCCCAGGUUCAAGCGAUUCUCCUGCCUCAGCCUCCAGAGUAGCUGGGAUUAUAUGCAUGCGCCACCAUGCCUGGCUAAUUUUGUGUUUUUAGUAGAGACGAGGUUUCUCCAUGUUGGUCAGGCUGGUCUCAAACUUCUGACUUCAGGUGAUUUGCUCACCUCAGUGUCCCAAAGUGCUGGGAUUACAGGUGUGAGCCACUGCACCUGGCUUUGUAGUUACUUUUAAAAGGGAACCAAACAUUGGUAUUUAAUAAAUAAAAGUCUGCUGAAUGAUGUAAUCUUUGAUGAUGUCUAUCAUAACUAUUCAAAAACCCAAAACAACCAUCUAGCAGUAGGUGAAUGUCAAGUUUUCUUUCCACAAGGAAUUUGACACCUUGAGUAUUCCAUGUCUGAAACAUUAUAUACACACAUAAAGGUUAAGGCCUGAAUUACCCAUGUUAGCCUGUCUACACUCUGGAAAUCAAUCUUCCUUGCUUAGGGCUCCAGGAAGCCUCUCCCCACUCUAGCCUGGGUCUCUUGGGAAAAAGAGGAAUUCAGGCAGGAGGAGGCAAGCAGGUGACUCAGCAUUCAGCAAAGAGAGGUGCAAGGGUGUGCAAGGGCAAAGAAAAAAGGCAGUGGGGAGGCAGUGCCAGGCCUGGCAUGGGUGAAGUAGAGGUGCCUUGCAGAAAGAGAGGCUGGAGCCACACUGUGAAGGGACUUUACCACCAUACUGAGCCAUGGGUGACACAAUCAGAGGCUUGUUUAAAAUAUAUAUAUAACAGGCUGGGCGCUGUGGCUCAUGCUUAUAAUCCCAGCACAUUGGGAGGCCAAGGCGGGUGGAUCACAAGGUCAAGAGAUCGAGACCGUUCUGGUCAACAUGGUGAAACCCCGUCUCUACUAAAAAUACAAAAAUUAGCUGGGUGUGGUGGCGCACGCCUGUAGUCCCAGGUACUUGGGAGGCUGAGGCAGGAGAAUUGCUCGAACCCAGGAAGCAGAGGUUGCAGUGAGCUGAGGUCGCGCCAUUGCACUCCAGCCUGGGUAACAAGAGCGAAAUUCCAUCUCAAAAAAAAAAAAACAAAACAAAAAGAUUAGCUGGGCGUGGUGGGGGUUACCUGUAAUCUCAGCUACUUGGGAGGCCGAGGCAGGAGAAUUGCUUGAACCUGGGAAGUGGAGGUUGCAGUGAGCUGACACUAUAUGUGAUACAAAGCUCAUCCCCAAAUUUUCUGCCACUUGCAGAGUGGCCUGCUUCUCAGGUUAGUCAGGGUUUGAUUCAAAAUUAGCAUAAUGUCUUUCCAGGAGUGUUCAAAUAGUUGGGUUAAAUUCUGGAAAGCCUUUCUGUCAGGGUCACCUGAAAACUGGCCAAGAUCCCCCUUAAUUUGCCUUAAGUCCUGUAGAGAGAAGGGACCUGGACCAGGGGGCCAAAUUCACCAAGCAUCUGUUGGAGGGGCAGGAGUGAGACUGGGGCUGGUCUACGGUGAGGAUUUCUACAAGGGGCCAAGUGAGCGAGAGAGAAACUGGGUAGUGAGGACGCCGCGGACCCAGAGGAGCAGGGCCAGAGGGAGCUGGCUCCCUAGCUGGAGGGGCCUCUGGGGUUCGUUUCUUUAGUUCCCUGGGAUUGUCCCCUGCAGCCUCUCCUGGCUAUAGCAAUCCUACAUUGUCAGCAAAGGUCAGACACAUGUGAAGAAGCCCUGCACAUAUGGGGCCUCAGACCAUUUGCCCUCACAUUUACAGAAAAGGUCCCCCUGCAGGAUGGUAUUGAAAUGAGUGGUUCCUUCCUGAGCCAGUCCUUCCUGCAGAUUAUAAUUUGGCCAAACCUCUGUGCAAAGGGCUAUGAGGCAUUUCCCCCCUAGGGUCUGAGGGUCAAAGCAGUCCCAGUGAUUCAGGAUACACUCCAGAGAAGUAUAGACUGAGGGUGAAGAUAGUUGGUGCUCAUUCUGAAAGAGGGAAAUAGGCAUCCCUCAUUUUCCUUCCUUCUUUCCCCGAGAGAAAACAGGGGCCCUCCUUUUCUCUUCUAUUUUUUUAUCCUUGUGUCCUGGCGACCUUAGAUGGACACCACCCCUAGGUGCCAUUGCAGCCUGCACCCAUGAAGCAGGGAGGGCCUAGAGAAUAGGAAUUAUCUGCACUCACCUAUGCCUCCAUGCCCCAUACUGUUGGCAACCUUUGAGUUCCUUGGGCCUUAUCUGUGCCAUGGAGUAUGGCCUCCUUCCGUGUAGCAGGGGUUUAAUUGGCAGGAAUUAGUCCUGCCCAUUUAUACUGUGCCUGUUGCCUGCUUUUGAAUCCCUCAGAUCUGGUUUUCCUUUCUAGGGCUUCAACCUGAAGUUUAGAAUUGAGUUUGGGAUUGGGCCAGGUGCAGUGGCUCAUGCCUAUAAUCCCAGCACUUUGGGAGGCAGAGGCGGGUGGAUCAUCAGGUCAGGAGUUCGAUACCAGCCUGGCCAACAUAGUGAAACUCCAUCUCUACUAAAAAUACAAAAAUUAGCGGGGCGUGGUGGCAGGCACCUGUAGUCCCGGCUACUCAGAAGCCUGAGGCAGGAGAAUCACUUGAACUGGGAGGCUGAAGUUGCAAUGAGCUGAGAUUACGCCAUUGCUCUCCAGGUUGGGCAACAGAGCAAGACUUCGUCUCAAAAAACCAAAACCCAAAAAACAAACUAAACAAAACCAAAUUGAGUUUGGGAUGAAAAGGUGUCUUGGGGGUGCAUGGAUUCAUGAUGUAGAUUAAGUCCUAGGCAGCCUUGCCAAAUUUGCAGUUAUUAGCCAGUGGAGUGGCUCCUUCACUGCUUUCUGCAGAGUGCUGAGGUAGGAAAAGAACCCUCUCACAUAGAAAAGGAAAGAGGACAGAAAACAACAGCUUAAGAGGGGGAAGAACCUCUCACUCUACGUAAAUGGGUUUCUUUAAUCACAUAUCCUUCCUCUGGCUUGGACAGAGCUGAACCCCUCAGGGGAGGAAAGACUCUGUGGGCAUGUGGCAGGAGGGGGUGCCAGUGGGAAAUGCUGGCCAACUGGCUGUGUGGGGUCCCUGGCCCCCAAGACUGCCCUGGGGUCUGGGCAGCAGCUGCAGUUCUCUCCCACCCCAUGUGGCCAUUGGGCGCUGCACAUGCAUGUUCUGGACACGCCCAGGUGCCCCAGCUGGGAGGGGAGGGUGAGGAGGGAAACCACCAUGUGCUGCAGACACCUGUGGCUGUUGGGUGGGGGUGGAGGUCGCAUCUCUAAGAACAAAUGGAAGUCACAUUGUUCUGAAUUGCAUGUAUGGUGGCUGGGCCAAAUGUUCAUUCUACCUAGUAACAUUUCUGCAGUUUGCAGCAAAACCCUUAUCAUGAUAAAAGGAGAGAGAGGAGACAUUUUUAAAACACAAAAGAAGGAAAGAUACCAUAGAAAAGUCUGGGGUCUUGGAUAACACACUAAUGGGUGGUCAGUUGGGGUCCGGUCUGGGGCCUUCCGGCAACACUGAGGAAUGGCAUCCGCCAGAUGCUUUCAGUUGCCCCAGGACUUUAUUGUGGUUCCACACAACGGCUAGUCCUCUUUGAAGGGAAACAGCCACCAUUCCUUUCACCUGAAAGAGAGAGGUGUCAAGGUUGCAUCCUGUCCCCUGCAAAUGGCAUAGCUCAGAGGAAAGUCUGAGGACAAGAAGUCUCAGAAAAAAAGUGAAGAGACAGAUCCGGCAGCUCUGCAUUUACUUGCCCUUCUGAGGAAUCCUGGAUGGGCCCCCAGAUGAAGCAGGGUAUUUCUCUGACCCCUUUGAGGGACUUGCAACAGGGGUGCCUCAUGUUCUCAGCCUGCAGCUCUCAACUCACAGGAGGGAGUGCAUGAGUGAAUGAGACAGAAACUGGUGUGCAUGAGUGCCAGAGCCAGCCUCGGCACUGGCAGGAGGGAACUCACUCACUGGGACCUGCUGUGUUCCACCACUCACAGGAGGAAGCGUGCAGGUGAGCAGGUGCAAGAGCCAGGGUGAGCACUUUUGCACACUGGCACUACCAAAUGCCAUGCAGGUCCUGUGGCAUGGCAGUGUCUAGGGUGGGAGUGCCUGUGACCCUGAAGCCCCAGAGGGAAUGAUACAUUGCUCUUUUAGCUCUGCCAUCCACAGCUUAAGUGUUAACAGCUCAGUGGGCCCUCUGCCUUUUCAUGUGAGGUGGCUGCCUUUCACCAGUGAGGGUAAAGGGCCAGUGUGACAGCCUCUUGUAUCGACACUUGUGGCCCCCGAGCUCUUAUCCAGCCUCCAGGAAAAAUGAGGUUGCACAAAUGAAUUGAAGGAUGGUGAAUGUGGGGGAUUUUCUUGCUGAUGAAAGUGGCUUUCGGUGAGAGGGGGAGUUGAAAAGGGGCUGAGGCAGGGAGUGGGGAAGGUAAUCUUCCCUGAGGUCCAGUAGUCCCUGGUCAGAUUCUUCUCUGAAGUCACAUUAUCAAGCUGUCCCUCUGAAGUCAAGCCACUUCUCUCUGACUUCAACCAUAGUCCCCAGUGUGCAGCUGCUUUUCCUCUCUGCCAGCUGAGUGUGGAGUCUAUAGGCACAGGAUGGGGCAGGGCGAGGCUAUGUGGUUUAGGAAAAGGCAACAUUCAAGUGGGAAAACAGGGAUAUAAGUUCUCACUUUGGGCUGUGGUCUCAGGCUUUUCGGCUGGAGGGUGGGGCUUCACCAGGGACCUAACCUGGUCUGCCUAGAAUUUCUCUGCCUCUUGCCACUAUGACUAGAACUGGAGCUACGGACCUGAGAGGCAGCAUAAAAAGAUAAAAACCAUAGCUAGGUGCAGUGGCUCACAUCUGUAAUCUCAGCACUUUUGGAGGCAGAGGCGGGCAGAUCAUGAGGUCAGGAGAUUGAGAUCAUCCUGGCGAACAUGACGAAAUGCCAUCUCUACUAAAAAUACAAAAAUUAGCUGGGCUUAGUGAUGCAUGCCUGUAGUCCCAGCUACUUGGGAGGAUGAGGCAGGAGAAUCGCUUGAACUGGGGAGGCGGAGGUUGCAGUGAGCCAAGAUUGCACCAUUGCACACUCCAGCCUGGCAAGGGAAAGAGACUCCGUCUAAAAAAUACAAGAUCCAAGAUGGCUGAUUGCUAACAGCUCGGGAUUGUAGCUCCCAGUGAAAGCACAGAGAACGAGAGGACGCCACACUUUCAGAUGAAUUUUUGUCACACAGACCAGAAGAUUCCCAGUGGAGGAGACCCACGGGUCACCAGUGCAACUCUUGUGGCUGGCACAGUGGUUUUGCCGGCGCCUCCGCGUGGCAGCUCUUCGUGCAGAGAAAACGGGAGGAGAUUCCUGGGCAGAAGAGCACCAUGAGUCUUAACGCCGCUGUUUUGGCUGGUGCAGUGGGUUGCUCGGAUUCCAGCGCUGGGAAUCAAUAAACUGGAUGUCCACUCAGAAACCCAACUAGAAAGGUGGUAAUCAUAAAGACGACAGAUGGAUAAAUUUAUAACAAGGGGAAGAAACCAGCCUAACAAGGCUGAAAAUACCCAAAAUCAGAACCCCUCUCCCUCUACAGGGGAUUACAGUUCCUCAUCAGCAGCGGAACAAGCCCUGAUGGAAAAGGACUGUGUGCCAUUAACAGAAGUAGGCUUCAGAAGGUGGAUGAUAAGAAACUUCUGGGAGUUAAAAGAAUUUGUUCUAACCCAAUGUAAAGAAACUAAGAACUUUGAAAAAAGGUUUGACGAAAUGCUAACAAGAAUAGACAAUAUAGAGAGGAAUAUAAAUGAACUAACGGAGUUGAAAAACACAACACGAAAACUUAGCAAAAUAUGCACAAGUUUGAAUAGCUGAAUUGAUCAAGCAGAAGAAAGGAUAUCAGAGGUCGAAGAUCUACUUAAUGAAAUAAAAUGGACCAACGAUCCAAGAUGGCCGAUCGCUAACAUCCCGGGAUUGCAGCUCUCAGGGAAGGCGCGGAGAACUAAAGGACGCCACACUGUCAGACAAAGUCUGGUCGCUCACGGAGCAGAAGAUCCCCCAGUGGUGGAAACACACGAGUCGCCAGCGCGACUCUCGUGGUCGGCGCAGCGGUUCCGCCAGCACCUUGACGCGGCAGCGCUCGGCGCAGAGUAAACCGGACCGGUUCCUCUUCUGACCGAGGUUUGGAGCCCCGGGAAGGCAGAGUCGCCUACUACGGAAACAAGAAGGAAGCCCGACAGGAGAAUCCUGGGCAGAAAAACACCAUCAGUUUUAACGCCGCUGCUCUGGCCCGGGGAACUAACAACCUGGACGUCCACUCAAGAGACCUAAUCUGAAAGUUGGUAAUUUCAAAGACGACAGGAGGAUAAAUUUACAAUGACGGGAAGAAACCAGCUUAAAAAAGCUGAGAAUACUCAAAAUCAGAACGCCUCUCCCUCUAAAGAUGAUCACAGUUCCACAUCAACAAUGGAACGAGGCUUGAUGGAGAACGAGCGCCUCCUGAUGACAGAAUCACUCUUCAAGGAAUGGAUAAUAACAAACUUCGGUGAGUUAAAAGAACAUGUUGUAGCCCAACGUAAAGAAACCAGGAACUUUGAAAAAAGGUUUGAUGAAAUCCUAUUGAGAAUAGACAACUUAGAGAGGAGUAUGAGUGAAUUAAUGGAACUGAAGAAUACAAUACAGGAACUCCGAGAAGUAUGCACAGGUUUAAACACUCGAAUUGUUCAAGCAGAAGAAGGGAUAUCAGAGGUCAAAGUCCAACUUAAUGAAAUAAAACGUGAAGAAAAGAUUAGAGAAAAAAGGAUAAAAAGGAAUGAGCAAAGUCUCCAAGAAAUGUGGGACUAUGUGAAAAGACCAAAUUUACGUUUGAUAGGUGUACCUGAAUGCGACGGAGAGAAUGAAUCCAAGCUGGAAAAUACCCUUCAGGAUAUUAUUCAGGAAAAUUUUCCUAAACUAGCAAAGCAGGUCAACAUUCAACCCCAGGUAAUACAGAGAACACCACAAAGAUAUUCCUCAAGAAGAGCAACCCCAAGGCACAUAAUCGUUAGAUUCACCAGGGUUGAAAUGAAGGAGAAAAUACUAAGGGCAGCCAGAGAGAAAGGUCAGAUUACCCACAAAGGCAAGCCUAUCAGACUUACAGCAGAUCUCUCGGCAGAAACUCUACAGGCCAGAAGAGAAUGGGGGCCAAUAUUCAACAUCCUCAAAGAACAGAACCUUCAGCCCAGAAUUUCAUAUCCAGCCAAACUAAGCUUCACAACUGAAGGAAAAAUAAAAUCUUUUAUGAACAAGCAAGAACUCAGAGAUUUUAUUACCACCAGGCCUGCUUUACAAGAGCUUCUGAAAGAAGCAUUACACACAGAAAGAAACAACCAGUAUUAGCCGUUCUAAAAAUACACCAAAAAGUAAAGAGCACCAACAUAAAGAAGAAUUUACACCAACAAAUGGAUAAAACAGCCAGUCAACAUCAAAUGGCAGUAACCCUAAAUUUAAAUUGACUAAAUUCCCAAUCAUAAGACACAGCCAAAACCCAACAGCAUGUUACAUCCAGACCUGUUUCACAUGCAAGGAUACACAAAGACUCAAAACAAAGGGAUGGAGAAAGAUUUACCAACCAAAUGGAGAGCAAAAAUAAAUAAUAAAUAAAUAAAAAGCAGGAGUAGCAAUUCUUGUAUCGGAUAAAAUAGAUUUUAAAGCAACAAAGGUAUAGUGGUAAAAGGAUCAAUGCAACAACAAGAGCUAACAAUCCUAACACCCAGAUACGAGACUUAGAUUCAGUGAGACAGAAAAUUAAUAAGGAUAUCAAGGACUCGAACUCAGAUCCAGAACAAGUAAACUUAAUAAAUAUUUAUAGAGCUCUCCACUUCAAAUACACAAAAUAUACAUUCUUGUCAAUACCACAUCACACCUACCCAUUAGUUUAAAUGAAACAUUGAUUGGCCAUUAUUAAUACCCAAUUUUUUUCAAAAUAAAGCAAUAUUUCCAUUUACUCUCCCUCUUUCUCUCCUCUUUCUUCCUCUCCUUUACUUAUUAUUAUUUUUUUCUUUCCUUCUCUCAAAAAAAAAGAAAUCAACUUGUAAACCUCUAGAUCCAGGUCGGCAAUGUCUCUUUCAUUGCUUGAUUUCCUUUCUUCCCUUCCCUCCCUCCCUUCCCGCUUCCUCCCUUCCUUCCUUCCUUCAUCCCUUCCUUCCUCCCUACCGUCCUUCUUCCCUUCCUUCCUGCCUUCCUCCCCCCCCAAAAAUGAAUAAAUAAAUAAAUAAAAUGAGAAGGCAAGAAUAGAGAAAAAAUGAUAAAAAGGAAUGAGCAAAGUCUCCAAGAAAUAUGGGACUAUGUGAAAAGACCUAAUUUACGUUUGAUAGGUGUACCUGAAUACAACAAAGAUAAUGAAUCCAAGCUGGAAAAUACCCUUCAGGAUAUUAUUCAGGAAAAAUUUCCGAAUCUAGCAAAGCAGGACAAUAUUCAACCCCUGGUAAUACAGAGACCGCCACAAAGAUAUUCUUCAAGAAGAGCAACCCCAAGGCACAUAAUCAUUAGAUUCACCAGGGUUGAAACGAAGGAGAAAAUACUAAGGGCAGCCAGAGAGAAAGGUCAGGUUACCCACAAAGGGAAGCCUAUUAGACUUACAGCAGAUCUCUCAGCAGAAACCCUACAAGCCAGAAGAGACUGGGGGCCAAUAUUCAACAUCCUUAAAGAACAUAACUUUCAGCCCAGAAUUUCAUAUCCUGCCUAACUAAGCUUCACAACUGAAGGAAAAAUAAAAUAUUUUAUGAACAAGCAAGUACUCAGAGAUUUUAUUACCACCAGGCCAGCUUUAUAAGAGCUUCUGAAAGAAGCAUUAUACAUAGGAAAGAACAACCAGUAUUAGCCUUUCUAAAAAUAUACCAAAAAAGUAAAGAGCAUCAACAUAAAGAAGAAUUUACAUCAACGAAUGGAUAAAAUAGCCAGUUCACAUCAAAUGGCAGUAACCCUAAAUUUAAGUUGACUAAAUCCCCCAAUCAAAAGAUACAGCCAAAACCUAAUGGUAUGCUACAUCCAGACCCAUUUCACAUCCAAAGAUACACAAAGACUCAAAACAAAAGGAUGGAGAAAGACUUACCAACCAGAUAGAGAGCAAAAAUAAAUAAAUAAAUAAAAAGCAGGAGUUGCAAUUCUUGCAUCUGAUAAAAUAGAUUUCAAAGCAACAAAGUUAUACCAGUAAAAGGAUCAAUGCAACAAUAAGAGCUAACGAUCCUAACACCCAGAUACGUAAGACCGAUAAAGAGAUUUAGACUCAACGAGACAGAAAAUUGAUGAGGACAACCAGGACUUGAACUCAGAUCUGGAACAAGUAAACUUAAUAAUUAUAGAGCUCUCCAUUUUAAAUGCACAAAAUAUACAUUCUUUAAAUACACAAAAUAUUGAUCAGCCAUUAUCAAUACCCAUUUUUUAGAAUAAAGCAAUAUUCCCGUUUUCUCCCCUUCUUUUUCUUCCUCUUUCUUUCUCUCCUUCACUCCUUUUUUUCUCUUUCUUUUCUUCUUUCCUUUUUUUAAAAAAAAUAAAAAUAAAAAAAAGCCAUGCAGCCUUGGAUAAUCAUUAAGUUAAAAAGAAAUUUGCUUAUGGGUCCAAGGGAAGGGGACACUACAGAGUCCAUCACUCCCCUCCCCACUGCUACCCCAGGUAUUACGUCCUUAACUUUUCACAGCUACACUCAACCUUAGUCAAACUUUUUUUUUUUUUUUGUAAUUGUCUGUAUCUGUCAUGAUCAACUGUAAUCUGCAAAAGAAUAAAAACAAUUUCUUUGGCUGCUGAGUGACUAGUUUAAAACUUUGAUUUGAAGAUGUCAUCAGAUAUCACCUUUGUUUCCGUCUCAAGGCAGGAAUGUUUUGCUUCCAUUCAAUGCAAACAGAGCUGCCUUGAUCUGGCUAAAGUUAACUCAUCAGAUGCUUUGUGUGAGGGACCCCUAAGUUCUUUAUUUUAGACAGUGAAAGAGCCAAGGGGGUACCAUUGUUGGGCUGUGUUUAGGGCAUCAGUUGACCUUGAUCCAGCCUUGAAGCCAUGAUGUAGAAUGUUACCAGCACCCUGAAAAAUUUCCUCAUACCACUUGGCCAUCAACCCCUCCCGUCUCCCCUGGCCUCUGUAACCAUAGUUUUGCCUUUGCUACACCUUCAUAUAAGUAUUAGACACUAUGUAGUCUUUUUUUUUUUUGAGACGGAGUUUUGCUGCAAUGGCACGAUCUCGGCUCACUGCAACCUCCGCCUUCUGGGUUCAAGCAAUUCUCCUGCCUCAGCCUCCUGAGUAGCUGGGACUACAGGCGUGCACCACCAUGCCAAGCUAAUUUUUGUAUUUUUAGUAGAGUUGGGGUUUCACCUUGUUGACCAGGAUGGUCUCGAUCUCUUGACCAACCUCUGCCUCCCAAAGUGCUGGGAUUAUAGGUGUGAGCCACCGCGUCUGGCCUACUGUAGUCUUUUGUGUGUAGCUUCUUUCACUUAGCAUAAAUAAUGCUUUGGAUUAAUCCAUGAUUUUGCUUAUAUCAGUAGUUUGUUUCUUUAGGUUGUUAUGAGGUAUUCCAUUGUAUAAAUCUGCCAUAAAAUGUUUAUCCACUUAUCAGUUGAUGGACAAAUGGGUUGUUUCUGUUUUUUUUACGUGUGUGUGAUUAUAACUAAGGCUGAUAUAACCUUUUGCAGAGAAGACUUUGUAUGAAUAUACGUUUUCAUUUCUCUUAGCUAAAAAUCUAGGACGGUGUUUGCUGGAUUGGAAAAUAAGUACAUUUUAAGUUAAUUUUUUUUAAAAAAAGCUAGCUGUUUCCAAAGUGGUUGAAUCAUUUUGCAUUCCCAGCAGCAACAUAUGAGAUAUCCAGUUGGUCUGCCUGUUUGGCAGCACUUGGUAUUGUCACUCUUUUUGUUAUUCCUCAUUCUAGUAGAUGUGUGAUGGUGCUGUACUGUGUGUUUAACUUGGAUUUCCCUAAUGGCUAUUUAUGCUAAAUAUAUUGAUGUGUUAAUUUGCCAUCUGUAUAUAUUCUUUGAUUGUAAAAGUUACUUAUCUAGUAUGUCUUUUGCAAACAUUUUUUGUCUGUGGCUUUUUUCCUUUUUUAAAAAAAUUUUAUUAUUAUUAUUUUUAAUAAAGACGGGGUUUCACCAUGUUGGUCAGGCUGGUCUUGAACUCCCGACCUCAGAUGAUCCGCCCGCCUUGGCCUCCAAAGUGCUUGGAUUACAGGUGUGAGCCACCACGCCCGGCCUUCUUUUUUCUUUUCUUUUUUUUCUGAGAUGGAGUCUUGCUCUGUCACCCAGGUGGAGUGCAGUGGUGCAAUCUUUGGCUCACUGCAACCUCCACCUCCCAGGUUUAAGCAAUUCUUCUGCCUCAGCCUCCCAAAUAGCUAGGAUUACAGGCACCUACCACCAUACCCAGCUAAUAUUGUAUUUUUAGUAAAGACGGGGUUUCACCAUAUUGGCUAGGCUGGUCUCAAACUGCUGACCUUGUGAUCUGCCUGCCUCAGCCUCCCAAAGUGCUGAGAUUACAGGUGUGAGUCACCGCGCCCGGCUGCUUUUUUUUUUUUUGAGACGGAGUCUUGCCCUGUUGCCCAGCUGGAGUGCAACGGCGCGAUCUCGGCUCACUGCAACCUCCGCCUCCCAGAUUCAUAUGAUUCUUCUGUCUCAGCCUCCUGAGUAGCUGGGAUUACAGGCACCUGCCACCAUGCCCAGCUUUUGUAUUUUUAGUAAAGAUGGGGUUUCACCAUGUUGGCCAGGCUUGUCUGAAACUCCUGACCUUGUGAUCCUCCUGCCUCAGCCUCCCAAAGUGCUGGGAUUGCAGGUGUGAGCCACUACACCUGGCCCUUUUUUAAGUCUCUUAAUGAGGAAGCAUAACUCAUUUAUUUGAGGCUUUUCUCUUCUUUUUUGAGAUGGAGUCUCGCUCUGUUGCCAAGCUGGAGUGCAGUGGUGUGAUCUUGGCUCACUGCAACCUCCACCUC